AAGUUAAUUAAUUAAAUUCAUUAAUUAUAUUACCAACGCACAAUGAAGCUACUUGUAAGAACAUUAAUAAUUUUUUGUCUUCUAGUUUUAGUAUUGAGUUCGAAAAAAAAUUCGAAAGACUGUAGCAAAUAUAAAAAAUGCGAAAAAGAAGAAAAACCCAUUUGUGUUUUAGAUAAAAUCAAUGUUUGCUUCAAGCAUUUCGACUCAAAGUGCGAUAUGAAGUACUCAGCCUGCCAAUAUGAUAAAGAAUAUAUUAUUUAUGUAGAAGCUUAUUGUGAUUUAACUACAUUUAUGUGUGAGCCAGAGCUUGAAGAAUACCUCAAUGAAUGGUCGGCAACCGAGAAUAUAAAUGAAACAAUCUAUAGUAUCUAUAAAACAACUGAAAAUCCAAACUCAUUACUAAAUAAUAUAGAAAAU